AUGCUACCUAAAUUAAAUCCAAGUUUCUCAACACAAUAAGGGAAAUCUCAAGAAGAUCUGAGCUUGAAUGAAGCCAAGAGACGUUAAAAGCUACUUGAGUUGGAAUAGCAUAAUGUUGAAAACAGAAUCAGAUAAAUUACUAAAGAGAAUGAGAAACUGUCCAAAAAAGUUUAAAUGGCAGAGUAAUUGGCUUUGGAUGUGUAUGCUUCCCGUCUGGCUUAGAAGAUCAAGAAAGAGCAGAAAUUGCAAUAAUAAUCCACUGUUGAUCCAUUAAGAUAUUAAUAAACAUAGUAUGAGAGAAUGAAUCUUAAGAAAAUGAAAUAAGAUGUUAAGGAAAUGAAACACAACGAUGCUUAAUUGAUGAAAAAAUCACUUAAAUACGAAUUGAUGAGAACUAGUGAAGAUUAGAAUAAAAAAGCUUAGAAUCUGAAAUUAAGAGCCGCCUUGAUCAAGGAAGACGAGAAGUUUUCUUAAGUUAAGAUUCUCGAGAAAAUGUUUGAGAAAUAAUAAAAAGUUAGAUCCCUAUAAGAACUUGAAAAAUAAAAGAUCCUUUUGGAAAAUGAAAAAUACGAAUACUAGAUUAAAUAAUUAGAGGCUCAGGAAAUUAAAUUAGUCGAAAAAUUACAAGCUACAUAACAAAGAGAAUAAGAUGUUAAAUAGAAGUUAAUGGCAGCAACUAGACUAGCCCCUGAAGAAUUUGAUAAAACUUACUUAGGUGGCUAAUCAAUAAUUUGCGAAUAGGGGAAUCAUGAAAAGACCUAAGAGGAAUAAAAGGAACAGUAGGAGGAUCCAUAAAAAAAUGAAUAAGAAGGAGGGAAUGAAGGAUAGUAAGGCACUUAAACUGAAUGAACUGAUAUAUAAUACGGAUCGUCAGUAUAUAUUGUAAGAAAAUUUA